CGUUGCGCGCUAUUUUCUCCUGUUGGGAGCCACCGUGAACCGAUUUACCUACUGGGAGUGAUUAUUUAGGGAAAAAGCCACUCAUCGACUUCUCGUGCUGGUCAACAUUUCGCGGGAGGUCCCAGUUAUUUGGAUCCACGAGGCGUUCUCACUCUUGACACGUGAAGAACAAGAUCGUAGACGUCUAGCUCAUGACUCAUAACCCGGGAAAGAACCAAAUCAGCUUUCAACUGGUCACAAUGGACCGCGAUGAUGACGACUUCGGCGAGGGCUUCAUCGCGGAAUCCCAUCCCCUGCGACCCACCCUCGGCUCGCAAUUGUCAGUACCAUUGGGGAGGAACGAAUCGCGUGCGCCAAGUAUGAGUAGCAGUGUCAGUGACCUUGAUGCUCCAAUUUAUACUCGUGAAACGACUGUCCCCGUACCACGUGGGGGUCUUAAUGGACGAUUGCUGUUCGCCAUUGCAGCUGCCGCGCUGGGAUCGUCCUUUCAGCACGGUUACAACACUGGGGUUGUAAAUCCACCUCAAUCGUUGAUCGAAAGGUGGAUAGGGAAUGUGAAGGGCAAUCGAACAGGCGAGAACGUCACCAAGGAGCAAGUAACUGCAAUAUGGUCCAUAGCAGUGGCAAUCUUCUGCGUGGGUGGCAUGAUCGGUGGUUCCCUGGUUGGCACGAUUGCCGACAGAUUUGGGAGAAAAGGUGGUCUCCUCAUGAUCAACAUCCUCGUCGUGAUCACAGUAUUCCUAGAAGGUUUCUCGAAGAUGGCUGCAAGCUACGAGAUGUUGAUCCUCGGUCGUUUCAUCAUCGGCAUAAAUUCCGGCCUCAACGCCGGUCUAGCCCCGAUGUACCUAGCUGAGAUAUCCCCGAUGCACCUUCGAGGAGCUGUUGGUACAGUCUAUCAACUGGUCAUCACGAUAUCCAUUCUGGUUGCUCAGAUUCUCGGUAUGAAUCAGCUACUUGGUACUGAGCAGCACUGGCCACUUCUCCUGUCCCUCACCAUCGUCCCAGCUAUCUUCCAAUGUCUUACUCUUCCCCUCUGCCCGGAGAGCCCGAAGUACCUUUUGCUGUGCAAAGGUAAGGACGUGGAUGCACAACGAUCGCUGACUUGGUUGCGUUCAACCAACGACGUUUAUGAGGAGAUGGAGGAGAUGAGGGCUGAGUACGAGUCCAUAAAGAUUCUGCCAACUGUUGGCUUGAGGGAUCUCUUCGUUAAUUCUACUCUGAGAAUUCCACUGGUCAUCUCUAUCAUGGUUAUGCUGGCACAGCAGUUGUCCGGCAUCAACGCUGUCAUGUUCUUCUCAACGAAGAUCUUCAAGAUGGCUAGCUUGGACGACUCAGCUGCCCAGUCAGCUACUAUGGGUGUGGGAGCUAUGAAUGUCAUCAUGACCCUAGUGUCUUUGGUUCUGGUGGAGAAGUGUGGAAGAAAAACACUCCUACUGUUUGGAUUCGGUGGAAUGGUUAUCGAUACUGCUUUGCUGACUAUUUCCAUCACUUACGCAAAUGUCUCGACUGCCGCUGCUUAUUUGUCCAUCAUCUUCGUCAUCCUCUUUGUCGUUCUAUUUGCAACGGGUCCUGGCAGCAUUCCCUGGUUCUUGGUCUCGGAGCUCUUCAGUCAGUCAGCAAGACCCGCAGCGACGUCAGUUGCCAUUGCCAUCAACUGGUCAGCUAAUUUCAUCGUUAGCAUAGCAUUCUUACCUCUUCAGGAGGCCAUGGGACCCAAAGUAUUCAUCAUCUUCGUCGUCAUUCAACUGGUCUUCACUCUGUUCAUUUGGAGAAAGGUACCCGAAACGAAGAACAAAACUAGCGAGGAGAUUAGCAGCAUGUUCAGGCAGAGAUCGUAUCAGUGAGAUGAUGGGGCUUAAUUACUCCAUCAGUAGAAUUUUCUUGAAAUGAGCAUAAGCGACAGCAAGAGGUAAAGCAAGUCCUUCCAUUAUUUCACAGUUCGAUGCAUUUUCUUUUUACUAUUCAACGAUGGUUUCCUUGAUAAAUAAAUAAUGCAAGAUUUAUUUAUCAAUGAACGGGCUCUUUUUUAUUAUCGUAAUUAUUCGGAGGAUUACGUCGAACUGAUAGAUAAGGACUACCUGAUUUAGAUGUAAUUAUUCGACUUAGUUUCUAUGUUACUACUGCGGUGGAUAAUUGAUUUCACGUGAGGAGAAAAGACACAAAAAUGAUACUAAAUCACGGAUAGACUAAGAACUGAUACAGGCUCGUUAUGAUCAAGUCUUUCUUUGAUAUCAAUUUUAUUUGUUCAUACGAAGAAAGUUUGGGGAAUCGCUGAUUCCAACUCUAGUCAAGAAUGAGUUCUUUUUAAAUCAUCAUCCGUUUUACCGAAUUUUUUUUUUGAGGUUUCCCAUGCGCAGUGGAAAUGAUUGGUGAUAAUUUCACGAUUGCGGAUGAAAACGCGAAUUUGUCGUAACGAAGUGAUUAACAGAAACAGGAGAUGCGUCAAAAGGAGAAAGAUUUACUAAAUAUUUCAUGGGACAUUCGGGUCUUUUGAUAUGUUUCUUUAAACCUAUCACUUGCUAUCAGUUCCUGUCUUCUCUCGAAUCACUUUCGUACAGAUUUCACUAUCCGAUUCCACCCAACCAAUGUUUUAGAUCAACAACGAACGAUUUAUGAAGAUUAUUCAUGUUACCGAUGAUUUUAAUCACCCGCAGAAACUGGAAAGUCUCAUGACAGACAGCUUCUUACUUUCAUUACGAUUAUAACUGUACAGAGAUGUAAUUAUCGGACUGAGUCAAUACUCAGCCACUGCUUUUGUCAAUAGCUGUCCCAUCGAAUAAAAAUCAUAGAUGUAAACAAUUAACAAAAAUUGAGUCGAUGCCGUGUAGUGUUAUUUUGACUAGAUGCGAUGUGUCAUGUCUCUUGGCAGCGAUUAUUAUUUAAUUUAUAUAUCGAGAAUUUAUUGUGUAGCAACAUUGGCCAAGUGCAAAGUGCUCAACGAUGAUUAUUUUUAUUGAAGUCGAGGCCAUAUUUUUCUUUUUAAUUCUUUUCUAUCGGAAUAGAGAGGUGGAAAUUUUUAUCGUGCAAUUUUGCAGUGGCUGUUGCUGAUGAGCAAUCAAAAUCGAUAUCUACGAGGAAAAAUACGUGUUUUAUUCUUCGAUAUUUUUUCUUUUAUGUUUAACAUAAUGAACACAAUACUCAUACGUUAUUAGUCGAUUAUCAAUCAAAGGGAGCGGUCGCUCACAAAUUUUUUACUAGAUGAACAUUGAAAUUAUACUGGGCAGUGCUGACGCUGUUGUGUUAAAUGUCUGAUUAUUGUGUGAAUUAGUUUUAUUGAUGCGAUGGCUUUGUGGAGACUGAAACAAUUGUGCACAAAAAUACAAUUGCCCAGUAAGGUUUAACGAUUAUAAUGAAUGCAUGCUGAGGAGUUACUUUUUUCAUACAACAUUCAGUUUAUCACACAACAAGCUGUAGUUGAUUGAUUCCGACCUUGAAAUUGUAGCUGUUAUGUAAGUUUAAUUAAUAAAUGUUAUUGAAUUAAUUUAGAGAUCGUAAUGUGCAGUUCUAAGACUUAGUUUUUUUAGUCGCCUUCUUUUAUAUAUGGAAAAAAAAACUCGAUGUAACAUUGUAGAUGUUUAAACAAAAAUAUAAGCCAUAUCGCAGUGUAAUGUAGACGAGGGAGUUAUUUUUAUUUUUUAAGAAUUAUUGUGCACAAUGGGGGAGGACUUUAAUUUUUGGGCUCGUUGAGUGGAUUACAGGAUUGAUCCAUUAUCAUCAUGUUUGACUGCAUACAAUAUAUUUGCGAUGUACGUAUUUUUGAUGCCGAUAUAUUUACUGUUGUCAGAAAUAAAGAAAUUAUUGAAGUAA